CAUGUCUAUUUGAGAUGGCCUCCGACAAAGCUGACACGUGAGGCCGACCAACGACUCGGCGAAGGAGACGAGACGACGAGCCCCAAUCUUCCUCUCGCGAUCGCCUCUCUACCACGGGCUCGCUCUCCCCGCCCGGCUCCGUGCCAGCGAUGAGCUCCAAGGAAAAGAAGCCGGCCAAGCCCUCGAGCAGCGGCCGCCCCACCAUCCGCACCCUCGCCGAUCUCAACCGCCCCUCCGGCCCCUCCGACGACAGCGACUCGGACGGGCCCCAGGAGUACUAUACCGGCGGCGAGAAGAGCGGAAUGCUUGUUCAAGAUCCUUCUAAAGGAAAUUAUGAUGUGGAUGAAGUUUUUGAGCAAGCUAGGCAGAUGGGAGCUAUUCAGGGACCAUUUGAGCAUCCUUCUUCAAGCUCAAGAAGUUUUACAGGGACUGGUAGACUGCUUUCAGGUGAAACAGUACCAUCUGCUCCACAACAGCCUGCGAAUGUCGUCCACAACAUUUACUUUUGGAGUAAUGGAUUCACUGUAAAUGAUGGUCCAUUGAGGAGGUUUGAUGAUCCUGAGAAUGCAUCCUUCUUGGAGAGCAUCAGGAAAUCUGAGUGCCCUGAAGAGAUGGAACCUGCUGAUAGGAGUUCUAGGGUUCGAGUCAAUCUCAUAAGGAGGGAGGAAAAGUGUCCCGAACCUGUGAAGCGGCAGACUCCAUUUCAGGGUGUCGGAAGAACUUUAGGUGGUGAAUCUUUAUCAAAUACCCCAACCUCUGAGCCUUCAGCUGCUGCUGCCACCAAAAGUUCUGCUGCUUCCUCAUCUGUUGGCCUUUCUGUUGAUGAUUCUUUGCCUUCCACAUCCAUACAGCUGAGAUUGGCAGAUGGUACACGCAUGGUUGCACGCUUCAACACUCACCACACGGUGGGUGAUAUCCGAGCCUUCAUUGAUGCAUCAAGGCCUGCAGCAGCGAGAACUUACCAGUUACAGACUGUUGAUUUUCCACCUAAGCAACUAACUGAUGUGACUAAGACCAUCGAGCAAGCAGGUCUUGCAAAUUCUGUGGUGAUUCAGAAGCUGUAGGACCCUUCCUAGAGGAAUGUCACUUGAUAAGAUCUAUGUUUUAGAGUUAGGAUGGUCACAUUUGACAAGACCUCAAAACCCUUCCAUCUUACCAAUGACUCUUGAAAUAUAUGGGGGAUGGGAAUGUUUUAUCAUCAGCUCUCCGAGGUUGAACUUUGAAAAAUAUUUUGAGAUUAAAGCACGCAUAAACAUAGAAAUUUUUAGGCUGGUUAUGCUUUAAUAAUCACGGUUCUGUCCAUGCUUUUCCUGCAUGCUUAAAUUUUGAAUGUUUUCCAUUUUAAUAGAAUCCUUUCGGCUUGCUUCA